UAGGGAGGUUAAAAGGAAGAAGCAAGGAGUCUCACAUGAGAUUUAGUUUCCAGACAGGGAGAGCAUUUGCCUCGGAGAAUUCAUGGAGAGCAUUUGCCUCUAAGGAUUUGUGGAGACACGAUUGACAUUGAGCUUGGUAGAGAUAUUUUAACAAUUAGAUCAUGGCGACCAUAGAAGAAAUUGCACAUCAAAUUAUUGAACAACAAAUGGGUGAGAUUGUUACAGAGCAGCAGACGGAACAGAAAAUCCAGAUUCUGACAGCACUUGACCAUAGCACACAGGGCAAACAGUUCAUUCUGGCAAACCCUGAGGGCCCCACCCCAGGAAAAGUGUUCCUCACCACCCCAGAUGAUGCAGGUGCCAACCAGUUGUUCUUUGCAACUACUGACCUCUCCAUGCCACACCUCCAGCUCUUUACAGAAAAUUCUCCUGACCAGGGGCCAAAUAAGGUUUUUGAUCUUUGUGUAGUGUGUGGAGACAAAGCAUCAGGACGUCACUAUGGAGCAAUAACUUGUGAAGGCUGCAAAGGAUUUUUUAAAAGAAGCAUCAGAAAAAAUCUAGUAUAUUCCUGUCGCGGAUCCAAAGACUGUAUAAUCAACAAGCACCACCGAAACCGAUGUCAGUACUGCCGGCUACAGCGGUGCAUCGCAUUUGGGAUGAAACAAGACUCCGUUCAGUGUGAAAGAAAACCCAUUGAAGUAUCCCGAGAAAAAUCUUCUAACUGUGCAGCUUCCACAGAAAAAAUCUACAUCCGAAAAGACCUGCGAAGCCCGCUGGCUGCCACUCCAACCUUUGUGACAGAUGGCGAGACCCCCAGGUCAACGGGACUGUUGGAUUCAGGAAUGUUCGUGAAUAUUCAUCAAUCUGGAAUAAAAACAGAACCAACUAUGCUAAUGACACCAGAUAAGGUUGAAUCGUGUCAGGGAGACUUAAGCACAUUGGCCAGUGUGGUCACGUCAUUAGCAAAUCUCGGCAAAGCUAAAGACCUUUCUUACAGUAGUAAUAAUAUGCCUGUGGCGGAGAGCUUACGGAAUGGUGACACGUCCUUCUGUGCGUUUCAUCAAGACAUUCAGAUCAACGGUGAUGUCUCAAGGGCAUUUGACACUCUUGCAAAGGCAUUGACUCCUGGAGAAAGCACAGCCUGUCAGAGCCCAGUAGAGGACAUGAAAGGAAACGUGCAUCUAAUCACUGGAGAGUCGAGCUACAUGGAGAAAGAGGGGCCACUGCUCAGCGAUUCACAUGUAGUUUUCAGGCUCACCAUGCCUUCUCCUAUGCCCGAGUACCUGAAUGUGCACUACAUUGGGGAGUCGGCCUCCAGACUGCUGUUCUUAUCGAUGCACUGGGCACUCUCCAUUCCUUCUUUCCAGGCCCUAGGGCAAGAAAACAGUAUAUCAUUGGUAAAAGCGUACUGGAAUGAACUCUUCACUCUUGGCCUUGCCCAAUGCUGGCAAGUGAUGAACGUAGCAACUAUAUUAGCAACAUUUGUCAAUUGUCUUCACAGUAGCCUUCAGCAAGAUAAAAUGUCACCUGAAAGGAGAAAGUCAUUGAUGGAGCACAUCUUCAAGUUGCAGGAGUUUUGUAACAGCAUGGUAAAACUCUGCAUCGAUGGCUAUGAAUACGCCUACCUGAAGGCCAUAGUUCUCUUCAGUCCAGAUCAUCCAGGCUUGGAGAACAUGGAGCUCAUUGAGAAGUUUCAGGAAAAGGCUUAUGUGGAAUUCCAGGAUUACAUCACCAGGACAUACCCAGAUGAUACCUACAGGCUAUCUCGACUACUUCUCAGACUGCCGGCAUUGAGACUGAUGAACGCCACCAUCACUGAAGAAUUGUUCUUCAAGGGUCUCAUAGGGAAUGUACGAAUCGACAGUGUCAUCCCACACAUUUUAAAAAUGGAGCCUGCAGAUUACAACUCCCAAAUCAUUGGUCACAGCCUUUGAAAGUCAAGGGCACAUUGCUAUGAACUGAGUUUACUGUUCCUUCUUGGGACACAAGACACCAAAUCAAACUGUUGCUUCCAGGGCAUCUGCAAAUAUUAACUUUAAGAGUAACCAAAAUUCAAAGUAUUUUUCUUUUGGAUUCCUUAAGAAGAAUGUAAGUGAUUAAGCAGGGAUCCGGAAUUAGACUUCCAUGCCUGUGCUAUGGGGAUGAAUAAGAAAUGGUAUGGGUCUAUUCUUGGUGAAGAUGACAUCCAAGACUGUCUCCUCCUGACCAUCUACACUAAACUUUCUCAUUCUAUUUUAUAAAACAAAUAAACUAGUCAUUUCCUCCCCUGAAUUGUGUUCUCUUCCUGUUUAAUUCUCUUGAGCUGGUACACUGUAAUGAGACACCUAAGGAGGGGCUCCCUGCAUCUUAGUCAUCCUAAAUGUAAUCGUUUUAGUUACCAGGUCAAAAGAUUAUUUUAUGCUCAAUUAUAUAAUGAUAAUUUUAGAACUAUGGGAAGUAAGAAAUGAAUAUAUAUUUUUGGCUUUUAUAAGUAUCAAAGAGCCCUUUAGCAUUUAACAUGCUCAUUGCUGGCAAUGAGACAUAAGCCAUUUGUAAUUUUGUUUUUUAGUGUAUAUUAUUAGUUAUGAGCACUUUUAUUCACUGUGGUAGAAAUUGGUUUUGAGAAUAAGAUAGGGACCUGGUUUUAAAAUGUUGGGCUUACUGUGUUCUAAACACAGUGGAGACUGAACCCAGGAUGUGUUAGUAUUUUAGAAUGGGCUUUAAAAUUGUUGCUUUUCCAUCCACAGAAAGCACCUGGUCUUAGCUUCUCCAUCCUGCCCUGGCUUUUAGUCAUUUUUAUUAGGUCAUUUAAAAAGACUCACUCAGUUUGUUAAGUAAUGCACUUACCGUAGCCAAUACAGUUCCCAGGUGGGUUAAAUAAUUAAAUCAAUUGAUAAUUUGUAAAUGUUAAAGGAUACUCAACGAACUUUUUUCCGCUACUAAAUAGAGGAGGGUUGCUACAACAAUGUGAAGUCUCAUUAUUUGCUACAACAAAGGCAUUUUAGACUCCUCAGUCUUCCACAUCAAUAUUCCAAGCAAUUAAUAUUUCUUUAUUCUGAUUUCAUACUGAAUUCCUUUGAUAAAUCUAUUCAUCUAUUGUUGAUAUUCUCUCCCCUCUUCUCUUUCUUCUCUCUCCCUCUUUUCUCUCCCUCUCCCUCCCUCCCUGCUCUCUGUUUUGGUUUUUUUGAGACAGGAUCUUGCCUCCCAGUCCAGACUGGACUCAAAUUUGCAGUAAUCUUCCUGCCUCCAUCUCCCACUUGCUGGGAUUACAGACAUAUACCACAUGCUGAUAUUUGUUUAUUUUUAAAACACAAAUGUGGAGAUUUUAUUGCAGCCAGAGUACAUUCUUUUAAUAAAGAUUUUUGCUGAAUUUUUCUAUGGGAGUAGAUUUUACUAAUAAUUAUAGUAACAAAAUGUUUAAACGUAUACUCUUGUAAAUUUUAUCAACUUACUAUGAGGGCUUUAUUCCCUGUUAAACUUUGUCAACAGCUUUUUUUAUAAUAGGCUACUGGGGGAAACUACAUAGAGCAUAAAAUGCUCAGAUAGACUAUUUCAGUAGAGCAUGUCUAACCUAUGGCCUAACACAUCUGUAGAUGACAGUGUCAUGUCACAGUGUCAAAAUGUUGGACACCUCUGGUACCUUUGUCAUCUUAGACAGUAAGCAAAGGAUUCAGAAAAUGCUUUAAAGCAGUGUACUAAUGGUUAAGAUAUUUCUUCUAUUUUUCCUGAUUAAAUUUGUAGUUAUAUUGGGAAGUGGUUUUGAAACUGUAUUAAAAUGUGACUUGCAUUACAAA